CACAACAUAGACAGAGCUACCUCCCUUGCCUAAUUCCCACUCACCUUCCUUCCUUGACCCAGUAGACAAUUCACGAACUGCGAGAAAGCUACCAGCCAUGGCGGCGGCUGCUGCUUCUAUUGCCGACUGCUAUCGUCUCAACCCCCGUCAAACCUGCGCUGAAAAACCUAUGCUUUUCUCUUUCUCUCGGAGCAGAAUCGCGUGCUCGCCUCCCCAUCCAAGAAAUCCCUCGGCUGCUUCUUCUGCAUUGUCAUCUGUCCAAUCUCGAGGGAUUGGGUUUGCUGUUGAGAAGAAGGAUUCGACCCGUUCAGGUUUUGCACUGACAUCAGCGGUCCGUCAUUUGUCUGGUUCUCUCACCCGCGCCGAGGGCCUCCGGUUUGCCGUGGUGGUCGCUCGUUUCAAUGAAAUCGUAACAAAGUCUCUUUUGGAGGGAGCAUUGGAAACUUUCAAGAAAUACUCUGUCAGAGAAGAAGAUGUUGAUGUUGUAUGGGUUCCUGGCUGUUUUGAAUUAGGCGUGGUUGCAGGGAAGCUGGCAAAGUCCAAAAAGUAUCAAGCAAUCUUGUGCAUUGGUGCUGUGAUUAGAGGUGACACUAGUCAUUAUGAUGUUGUUUGUAACUCAGCAGCAUCGGGAUUGCUUUCAACCAGUCUAAAUUCAGAUGUUCCUUGCAUAUUUGGUGUCUUGACAUGUGAAAACAUGGAACAGGCAAUUAAUCGUGCCGGGGGCAAACAUGGCAACAAGGGAGCUGAAACAGCUUUGACAGCGAUUGAGAUGGCAUCCCUCUUUGAGCAUCACCUCAACACAAUACAAUAAGAAAGAAGGCUAUGCCUGGCUGCUUGCAUUACCAAAGAAAGUUGUUUUUUUUUUGCUGAUGGGCAUAAACUGUUAUUAUGUCUUUAUGGAAAUAGUGGAAUAAUUUCACCUGUACCAAUUGUCUUCCCAUAGCUAAAGAAACAUUGGCAAAUUCCUAAGGUCCAUAGUGGACCUUCAUGUAAGCCAAGUGAGCAUUUGCUUAAGCAAUUUUCAAUUUUCAGAACUUCAAGCUUUUUUCAGGUCAGAUUUUGGAUUUGCAUGGCAUUCAUACACUGUAAACCAAAUGGU